ACGCGCUACCUAAUACCUCAAAACUCACCAAAUCAAUCCAUCACAAUGCUCGCCAAAUCCAUCACCGCUCUGGCGGCUCUCGCCUUCGCCGUCAAUGUCGCUGCCGAGCAACCUUACAAGCCUCAGCUCGUGAAGAUGUCGACCCGCUCCCUGUUCUCCAUCGGUCGCCGUCAAGAUGCCCCCGGGUACCAGCCAGAGCAGGCCGUGUGUGGAGAGGGAAACACUUGCGAGGAGGCUUGCGGUGCCGGCUACACAACUUGUGCUUCCACCGACAACCAGGUGCACUGCUUCAACGCUCAAGCGGCUCAGACGUGCUGCCCCGAUCAGUCUGGCAACUCCUGCGACGCUGGCUACUACUGCACAGCCGACAAGGCCGGUGAGACGUGGUGCUGCCCCAACUCUAUGGACCUUGAGGCCUGCGCUGCUGCAUUCGAGGUGACUGGUGGUCUCGUCUCUCAGACCCCUCCUCCUGCCACUUCGACCUCUACCACCAGCUCCGAGGUCAUUUCCACCGCUCCUCCCACAACUACCAGUACCAGCGCCAGCAGCUCGAUCGUCUUUGGUGGUAAGAACUCUACUUCGGCUGCCAUCACCAUCACCAGCUCUGGUCUUGCCUCGGCUUCCGCCUCUGCUACCGGUGGCGCGUCUAACAGCACCGUCUCCCUUGGCACCUCUCCCUCGCCCUCCGCACCUGCUCCUUCCGUCUCCAACAUCGCUGAGGGUGCCGCUGGUACCUUCGCCGCUCCCGUCAGCGCCCUGCUCCUCAUUGCCGGUGUUGUCGCUCUUCUCUAA